AUGUUUCUGCGCUCGCGGUUGGGCGGCUUGAAAUAUGCCUGGGUUCGCCAUAAUCAUUCGGUCCCUGAUCGAUUCACCGAGCUGGUCCGUCGUCCUUCGUCUCUACACCAGAUCUACCAAUCGCUAUCGACGGACCCCUACGUGAACCUCUCCAUCGAGCAUUUCCUCCUUGAGAAUGCCCCGGCAGAAUCAAGCAUCCUGUUCCUAUACGCCAAUCGACCCUGUGUAGUCAUAGGUCGCAACCAGAACCCGUGGCUCGAGACGGAUCUCCGCGCCCUUCACAAUGACCGCUGGAACGGCGCGGCCGGAGACGAAGAAGCUGCAAUCUUCGUACGGAGACGCUCGGGCGGUGGGGCCGUGUUUCAUGACGCAGGUAAUCUAAACUACAGCGUCAUAUCUCCGCGUAUAUCCUUCACUCGCGAUAAACAUGCGGAGAUGGUGGUGCGCGCACUCCAUCGUGUCGGAGCCACCAAUACCCGUGUCAAUGAGCGACACGAUAUUGUCAUGGCCCGAGCGGAAGGCAUGGAAAAUGACUCUAAUGAGCCUUUGGCCCGUAAAAUCUCGGGGUCAGCAUUCAAGCUGACUCGACAUCGAGCUCUUCAUCAUGGUACUUGCCUGCUCGAUUCCCCGAAUAUUCAUGAUCUCGGCCGGUACCUGCGGUCAUCAGCGCGUGGUUAUAUCCAGGCCAAGGGUGUCGAAAGUGUUCGGUCUCCUGUGGGAAAUGUUUCGGCUGCUUUUGCCGAUUCUUUCUUUUCCAUGCAGGGGGUGAUUCAAAGUGUAAUUGAGGAAUUUGCUCGGUUGUACGAGGUUCACCCUGACGCUGUACGACGCGCGCAACGUGCUCAUGCUAAUGAUCCCGAGAUCUUCGCUGGAGAUGGCUGGGUUGCGGGUACAGUUGGUGAAGUGCAGGGUGAACAGGAGCCUGCCAUUGGGAAGGGAAUUGACGAAUUGCGGUCGUUGGAUUGGAAGUAUACCCAAACGCCACAGUUCACAUUCUCGACAUACCCCAUCGAAGAGGACCCUCGCGAACGGCCACCAUUGCCCCCCUCACUUCCUUCAAGUACUCGCGCAUUCCUCCGUCUAAAACAUGGUGCAGUCAUCGAAAGCCACAUCUCCGUCUCACCUGACGAGAUCGCUGCAUCUGACCAAGCCAGUCGCAUCCAUACAUUACUGGACGGACAAAAAUUACACGAAAUGACUUUGGCGCGGUGGUCCGAGAUUCUUCAAGAGGGUCUUGGUGAGACAGAAACAGAUGAGGCCCUGGUGAAGGAGCUAUCCCAGUUCCUGGGUGGCCUGUUAGGUGGUUAA